AGUGAUUAUUACAUGUGUGGGUAACCUGUGUGUCGGCUCAGGCUCUCAGCGGUUGAACUCAUAACAUUCAAGAUGGCGGCAAAAGUCGAACGGUCGAAACGAUACAAGAAAAUCGACUUCUUGGGAGAAGGACAGUUUGCCACAGUUUUCAAGGCUGAAGAUCAAGAAACGGGAAAUAUUGUUGCAGUAAAAAAAAUAAAAUUGGGAAAUAGAGCGGAAGCAAAAGAUGGUAUAAACAGAACUGCACUAAGAGAAAUAAAACUACUCCAAGAGUUGAGCCAUGAAAAUGUCAUAGGGCUACUGGAUGUGUUUGGUCACAAGUCAAGUAUUAGCCUUGUGUUCCCCUUCAUGGAGACUGACCUAGAGGUUUUAAUCAAAGACACAUCUAUAGUACUUAGUCCAGCUGAUGUCAAGAGCUUCACAAUAAUGACACUCAAAGGGUUGGAAUACUUGCAUUCUCAUUGGAUACUACACAGGGAUAUGAAGCCAAAUAACCUGUUGUUAGAUGACAAAGGAGUGUUGAAGAUUGGUGACUUUGGUUUGGCCAGAGCAUUUGGUAGCCCAUCAAGAGUCUACACCCAUCAAGUUGUCACUCGAUGGUACAGACCCCCUGAGCUGCUAUUUGGUGCCAGGAUAUAUGGAACUGGUGUUGACAUGUGGGCAGAAGGAUGUAUACUUGCCGAGCUACUAUUAAGGGUUCCAUUUCUCCCUGGUGCCACUGAUCUGGAUCAGCUGAGCAGAACAUUUCAAACCUUGGGUACCCCUACAGAGGAGACUUGGCCUGGAAUGACAUCUCUGCCAGAUUAUGUGGAAUUCAAACCAUUUCCAGGGAUACCACUUAAAGACAUAUUUUCGGCAGCAGGUGAUGACAUGUUAGACCUUCUAGACAGGUUACUCGACUGUAACCCCAAUGGGAGGGUCAAUGCUACUCAGGCACUCAACAUGCCAUAUUUUUCAAACAAGCCAGCGCCCACGCCUCCCCAUCUUCUACCACGGCCUAAGUCAUCUGGAAAAGUUACCAAGAAAGAGGAGGAGAAAUCCCUCAAACGAAAACUGGAGUCUGCUACAGACGGUGCCAUAGCUCAUGGGUUAGUGAAAAAGCUGGUCUUCUAAAUGGCCGAUGACUACUCGUCCUGUACAUAGCUUCAAUCAGAGUUAUUGGUUGGGCAGCGAUGGACAUCAGAAUACUUUAUUCAUUUGUGACCUUACCACGUGACCAUAAAUUGCCAAGUGUACAUGUUGGAAAACCAAUAUUCUAAUGACGCUCUGGCGCAGUUUGUAUGGUGGUGAAGAUGUUUUACAAAAAGAAUUUGCUUUGAUGCUUGAUUUCCUAGAAAGGUCUACCGCCAAAGCUCAUAUGAAAUAUAAAGUUAUUUAAUAAAGCUUAUGAAAAUCAAUAAAGAAUAUAAGGUUAUUUAGAAUAUUAAAGAAUAUUAGUUUAUUAAAGAAUCUUAGUUUA